AUCACACAGCUAUGGAAACCACAGAGACAUUUUCAGGCAGCAGCCCACUAUGCAGUAAUGACAGCUCGCCUGGCCCCACAGACCCCUUGUCCAAUCAGAGUGAAUGCAUGAAGCUGUACCAUGUGCUGUCGGAGCGUGAGCGGCGUGCCAUUGGUUCAAUCUGCUUCUUGGCGGGCCCCCUGACCCUCCUGGAGAACCUGCUGGUCCUGGGUCUCAUAGUCUGCAGCAGGGCACUGCGCAAGCGGCCAUCUUACCUCUUCAUAGCCAGCAUAGCCCUGGCAGACACUUUUGCCAGCUGCUUCUACACCAUCAGCUUUCUGGACUUCCACCUGUUCCAGCGCUGUGACGACCAGGCGGAGUACCUAUUUAAGCUGGGAGGGGUCACCAUGUCCUUCACAGCCUCCGUGGGCAGCCUGCUGCUCACCGCCCUGGACCGAUACCUCUGCAUCUACCAGGCCUGCAACUACAAGGUGCUGAUGACGCGUGGGCGGGCCCUGCGUGGCUUGGUGGCUCUGUGGGCCGUGACGGUGCUGCUGUCCUUCCUGCCACUAAUGGGGUGGAGGUGCCCCACGCAGCUGCAGCCUCCCUGCUCACGCCUCUUCCCCUACGUCAGCCACCUGUACCUGGCCAGCUGGGUCAGCUUCAUCCUGCUGCUGCUGCUGCUCAUCGUGGUGUCCUACGUGCUCAUCCUGUGGAAGGCCCACCGGCAUGAGGCGCUGGUGUCCGCCUUGCAGCAAGGUCCGGGGCCGGGGGCGGGUUCAGGGGCGGGCAUGGUCACUCAGGGCGGGCAGGCGCGCAUGCGGAUGGACAUCCACCUGGCGCGCACACUGGGCCUGAUCCUGCUCAUUAUGGUGGGCUGCUGGCUGCCUGCGCUCUCCUUCAUGCUGGCCGAUGUGGCAGUCAUGCUCAGCCGCGACCAGCAGAGGGCGUUUGCCUUCUGCAGCACGCUGUGCCUGGUCAACUCCUCGGUCAACCCGCUGCUGUACGCGCUGCGUUGCAGGGAGCUACGUAGGGAACUGAAGAGUGUUCUGUGCCAGGUCACGGAGAGGCUCUGUGCCCCCUGUGGGUUUGGGAGUGGGGCAGGGCAGGAGUUCAGGGGAGAGAGGAGCAACUGCAGCUUACCUCUUGACAAUGAUGAUGACACCAAUUUGACUGGGGCUGUUUUAGAGUCGGUGUCUAAAAGGGUGGACACAGCAGAACAACGCAGCUGAGGAGUUAAUAUAAAAGGCAAAUGGAUUGUGUGUGCGUGUGUGCAUGUGUGCGUAUGUGUGCACGCACAUGUGCAUGUGUGGGUUAAUGCAGGUGGAUGAUGGAUUGGUGUACUUUGUUCUUAUGAGUUGUUUCAUGGUUUGCUUUGUUUACUCACUAUUGUGGACAGUAGACUACAUGACAAAGUGAACUAGAAAUGUUGAGAUGGUGGUCAUAAAAACCUGAUCAUCCUUCACAAGUGCACAUCAAACACACAACAUGAAGUAAGGAAGUAAUAAUAGAGACAGUUUAAGAUAGAGAGAGACUUUGGUAAUAAGGCAGGAGUGUCCAACUCAUCUCAGUUCAGGGUUCACAUACAGGCUAUCUGAUCUCAAGUAGGACGGACCAGUAACACAAUUGCAAAAUAUUGCACAUUUCUGCUUCUAAUUGGAAUCACAUUGCUAGUCAAUCAUCUUGUUGUGGAUGACAGCUCAGGAUCAUUUACUGGAAAAGACAACCAAAAAAGAAAUUUGUUCUCAAGUACUUUAAGCCUGAAAUCUCAGAAAUUCAUAGCAAUUUUUUUGUGAUGGGCAACAGAUUUGAUUCUGAUUAUCACAGUAUUACUUCCCCCCCAUCUGGCCCCAUUUGUUAUGUUUGAGGCCCAUGUAAUAAGGAGUCAGGAAGUUUUAAAUGGUAGUAACCAUAGUAGCCUCUAGAGAGGGCUAAUGAGCAACAUACAACUCACUAUUCAAUUAGGUUAAUUACUGUAUUUUUUAAUUUGUACAAUUUAAUACACAAUAAAGCACAACACAAACAUGUUUUUGUUAAACAUAAUCAUUUGACUACGCAUGCUUGUUGUGUGUGUUACAAAAUGCCCAAGCAUCCCGUUUAGAGAAUUGUAUGCUGUAGUUUGUGUAUUAGGUAAAUUUACUAAAAAAAUAUCUAUUUCAAUAUGUGUUUCAAAACUGCAGAUCUAGCUAAAUUCCACUGAUGUUUCUAGACUAGAAGAGCUUGUUCAGUGCUUUGGAUUUCAUUCAAUACAGAGGGAGAACAUUUUUUUUUUUUUACCUAUGACACUGCUUUUAGAUCACAAUGCCACAAACUGACCUUUCCCCUUCUGCGUUGUUUCUCUCUCUCUCUCUCUCUCUCUCUCUCUCUCUCUCUCUCUCUCUCUCUCUCUCUCUCUCUCUCUCUCUCUCUCUCUCUCUCUCUGUGUGUGUGUGUGUGUGUGUGUGUGUG